AUGGUGAAUGCAGCAAGUGGUGGAGGGCUAGUGAAUAAGACUCCAGGAGAUGCAACUAGGCUGAUUGCAGAGCUAGCAGAGAAUUCUAGGCAGUUCAGUCAGAGAACUCCCACGCGCCGGGUGAAUGCAGCAAAUUCAAAUACAACUGAGUUAGAGAGUCAAAAUUUGGAAAGUCAAGUGAGUCAAAUUUCAAGUGCAGUGAGCAGACUUGAAGCUAAGGAUUCGGGAAAACUUCCAUCUCAAACGGAGUUGAAUCCUAAGCAACAAGCCAACGCUAUUACAUUGAGAAAUGGCAAGGAGCUGAAAGAGACUGAAAUUGCAACUAAGAGGGCUGAAGAGUUGAUUGGAGCUGAGGAGAAGGAAGUGGAACAUGAAGCUGUAGCAAAUCCUCCCACUUUUCCAUCUUAUGAACCCACACCACCUUUUCCUGAAGCUUUGAAAGAAACGAAGAGGUAUGAGAAGGACAAAGAUAUCUAUGAAACAUUCAGCAAGUGUGAGGUAAACAUUCCCCUUUUGAAUUUAAUAAAGAGUGUUCCUCGAUUCGCUAAAUUUUUGAAAGAACUUUGUACUAUUAAGAGGAAGCACAGGUUAGGAGGGAAGGAAAAAGUGAAAGUCAGUGCUCAUGUUUCUGCAGUUUUCCAAAAGAAACUUCCUGAAAAAUGCAGUGACCCUGGUAUGUUUACUGUUCCAGUUACAAUAGGGGACACCACUUUUCGUAGAGCAAUGUUGGAUUUGGGUGCAUCAAUUAAUGUUAUUCCAUAUUCACUGUUCAAAUCUUUGGAACUUGGACCCUUACAUGACACCGGGGUAGUGAUUCAAUUAGCUGAUAGAUCAAAUGUUUAUCCUAAGGGAGUAGUGGAAGAUGUGCUUGUGAAAGUUGAUGAACUAAUUUUUCCUGCUGAUUUUUAUGUGCUUGAUAUGGAACAUGAUAGACAAGCAGUACCAAUCUUGUUAGGAAGACCUUUCUUGAAAACUGCUAGGACUAAAAUUGAUGUUUUUACUGGUUCUUUGACUAUGGAGUUUGAUGGACAAGAAAUUGUGUAUAACAUCUAUGAUUCCAUGAAAUACCCUGUUGACACUCAUUCUUUGUGUUCCAUUGAUAUCAUUGAUCCUAUAGUGCAGGAUGUCUUCAAUGUUGAGGGCGAGGAUGCGCUCCUCACUUCCAUUUCUAAUGAUUUAUCUGCUGAUUGUUUGGAUAUUCCUUUGCCUAAUAGUGUGCAGAUGAUGGUAGCAGAGUUGAAUGGUCAUUCCAAGCUUCCACUUAGACCACCAGGUUCGACACCUACCCCAUUGACAGUGCCUACUGAUAAACUCUUACCUUCUGUUUUGCAGGCACCCCAGGUGGAGCUAAAACCACUUCCUGAUCAUUUGAAAUAUGUGUUCCUUGGUCAGAACGAUACUUUACCUGUUAUAAUUUCAAGCAAAUUGACCAAGGAGCAAGAGGACAAGUUGGUGACAGUGCUGAAAGAGCACAAGUUAGCUAUUGGAUGGACCAUUGCAGACAUUAAGGGAAUAAGUCCAUCCACUUGCAUGCAUCGUAUUCUGUUUAGAAGAUGA